GACUACUGUUGACAGUUGAACGCUUUCGCGCAUUUUAUUUCGAACGGUUAUAUGGCUUCGAGGAAUUUUCCUAUUAUGACGCGUUGAUGCGAGAAUUGCGGGCUGCGAUUGUACUUGGGCGGGAAAAUGAGUUUUGGAUGGGAAGUUUUGAUGAUAUAUGGUUGGGCGGGACACCUCGGUUCUCGUGAUUUAAGUAUAUUGCGAAGGUGAAAAUGGAACGGUGAUGGAAUUGUUUAUAUUGAAUUUUAACGACUUUUCUUUGCUGUGCAAAUAGUUGUAAAGUCAUCGUUAGUACGUUAAUGUUUUUAUUGCUCAUUUUUAUCGAAUCAUCACUACAUCGUGGUAAAUUUUCUUUGCGAAAGCAAUAUUUCGAAUUUCAAUUUUGCAAGAUUAACUAAUUAUAUGCUGACGAGUAUCUCAUUUGAGAUAGCGACAUCAUUAGAUUUUAAGUACUUAUAUCGAAUUCGCUUCAGUUUUGCAAUGCAUAUGCACAGAUUACGAAUAGAAAAAUAAACGCCAGAUGAUUGGCCGAAAAGGAGGCAAAGGGCAAAGGCGUUUUCUGCUGGUUUUGGCAUGAAAAUCACAUCUGGUGGUAGCUUCGAACGAUCAUCUGUUUGACAUAUUUGACGCUCGCGUGUUUGGUAAAACAAUCGUGGGAUGAUGCUUUCCGUAGCUAAUAAAGUUAUCUUUAACUUGGAAGAGCUUUAAAAGUGAAUCAUGAAUACGCUCGAAUGAGAUUUCUGUAAACAUAACCUACAAACAUGUGAAAUAUACAGCAAAUUGUUGUAAAUAAGCUAGCUGGAGAUACUUUGUGGGCGUGAUAAAAAAACAAAUAUGCGCUGGAGGUGACUAAGGAUUAUUCAAACAGAAUGAAUAACCUGGUCAGAUGUCCUGGUUUGUACUGUGGACGUGAACUACUGCCAGAUGGGAACUGGACGGAGUGUGGGGCUUGUCCCCGGGGGUUCAGGACAAACAUGUCCUCUGCAUGCGUUUCCUGCGAGGAUGUGCCUACAUUCUAUGAUUGGCUGUACCUUGGCUUCAUGGCACUCCUCGCACUUGUUCUUCACUGGUUCUGCAUUGACAUGGUGGCAAUGAGAAGAAGCAUUCCAAAAGAGGUCAUAGUAUUGCAUUUAUCAGCUCUGUUUGAAAUACUUGCGGCAUCUCUGAUCACUUUACAAUUGACGCAUCCAGUUGGAUCCUUUAGUAUAAAAUCAUGUAAAGCACGUAAGCUAUCAGAUUGGUAUACAUUACUACAUAAUCCUAGUCCCAAUUAUGAGACUACGUUGCACUGUACACAAGAGGCUGUAUAUCCUUUAUAUACAAUGGUGUUUGUUUUUUAUGCCUUUGCUGUAGUAUUAAUGCUGAUUGUUCGACCUUUGAUAGCAAAAAAAUUUCUGCCAAAGAAAGGAAAAUUCUCUAUCUAUGCUGCUCUUUAUUUUUUUCCAAUACUAGCUCUACUACAUGCCAUUGGCAGUGGACUGAUUUACUAUUCUUUUCCGUACAUUACGAUUAUUUUAUCAGUCCUUUCAAAUGCAGCACAUUUUGCCUUUAAAUUGAACCAGACUAUGAAAUCAUUACUUCUGAGUUCAAUUUCGGAUAUCAAAAAUGUUGUUGUAAUUUUGGGACAUUGGUUGUUACAUGGUUAUGGUGUAAUAGCCAUUGCCACUUUACGAGGUUCAAGUAUACAUCCAGCUAUGUUAGCCUUGGUGCCACUGCCAGCAUUGUUCUACAUUCUUACUGCUAGGUUCACAGAUCCUCAUAAACUUCAUACUGAAUAAUGAUAAAAUCAAGUUUAUCUUUGUGUAAACUAUGUACAAAGUUGUUUAGGUUAAAUUAAUAAAUUUUUUUUUAUGCAAA